AUGAGAGAGAUUCAAUUACAAUUCAGUAAAACUCAGAAGGUCCGUCUACAAAAGGCGAUGGAAUCUUUAUCUUCCAGGAUGAAUUCCGAUUCUUUGGUUACCGUAGCUGAUUCUAUACCUGUCAACCAUGAAGAUGGUGUACUUAAGGGUCACGGAACUUCUGACCUAGACGGUCAAGUUGUUGCCACUCUCUGUGGCACUGUGGAGCAUGUUAACAAGCUCGUUUAUGUGCGUGGUUUGAGCUCAAGGUACAAACCUGAAGUUGGUGACAUUGUUGUAGGGCGAGUUAUUGAGGUUGCUCAAAAGUUUUGGAGAUUAGACAUUAAUUGCAGUCAAAAUGCUUAUUUGAUGCUUUCUGCUAUGAAUAUGCCCGAUGGUGUACAGAGGCGAAGGACAGCUCUAGAUGAACUAAACAUGCGCGGUAUUUUUGAGGAGUCUGAUCUCAUUUGUGCUGAAGUUCGUGGUUUAUCGCAUGAUAACAUACACCUUCAUGCAAGAAGUAAAAAAUAUGGAAAGCUUAGUACUGGCCAGAUGGUUGCAGUCACGCCUUAUUUAGUAAAGAGACAGAAACAACAUCUCCAUCAUCUGGAGCAACAUGGGAUUGAUCUAAUAAUUGGCUGCAACGGUCUGAUAUGGGUUGGAGAGCAUGUUGAAGCCGAAGAUGAAACAAAAUAUCAAGUUAACCUAACUGAACCAGCCCAUAAAGAAGAAGGGAAAAGCGAUACGAAGAGAAAAUACAUAUGUAGGGCUGCCAAUGCCAUCCGAGUAUUGUCCAAGUUAGGAUUUAGCAUAACCUUGGAAAUCAUAAAGGGAGUUAUUGAUUUAAGCCAGUCAUUAAAUCUUGAAAUACAUGACAUGCUUGGUUCCGAGUUCUGUGUUCUAGUUGCUGAAAAGAAGACAGAGAGAAAAAGCUCAAAUAAAAGGAAGCGGGAGAUUAUGAAAGCCCAUAUGAAGCUUUAG